ACCAUGAGCAGCUUCUUAGACUACUCUGUGAUGAGCGGGGACGCGGGUUCGUGCUCGGUCCGGGCCUUCCACUCAGAACACGGGAUUACGAGUUUCCAGUCGUGCGCCGUGAGCGUGAACACCUGCGGGGCGGAUGAGCGCUUCAUGGGGACUCGGGCGUCACCUCCAGACGGGGUCCCUCCGCCUCAGGCGGGGUCGUACCAGUCUCUGGGUGUCAGCUACGGCGCGUGCACCUCUGGCUACGCGCCGCAAACUUUUUACAAUCACUACGCCCUCAAUCAGGAAGUGGACGGGUUCCCGCAGUGUGGCCCGCUGGUUUACUCGGGUAACAUCACCUCCUCUGUGGUGGCUCAGCACCGUCAGAGUUACACCACAGCGGCGGGAGCGGCGCCCUUGGGUCAGCUGCAGUACGCGCACGCGGCCUACGGAGGCGGGCACGAGCAGGGCAGCGCGUUCCCCGGUUGUGCCAACCCGCUGUCACCUCUCCACGCUGCGCACCUGGACACGUGCUGCUCCCCGCUGUCAGAGAGCGCAGCCUCCGCGCAGACCUUCGACUGGAUGAAAGUGAAGAGGAACCCGCCCAAAACAGGACGCUCCGGGGAGUACGGCUACGGAGGCCAACCCAACACGGUGCGCACCAACUUCACCACCAAACAGCUGACGGAGCUGGAGAAGGAGUUCCACUUCAACAAGUACCUGACCCGCGCGCGGCGCGUGGAGAUCGCCGCUGCGCUUCAGCUCAACGAGACUCAAGUCAAAAUCUGGUUCCAGAACCGGAGGAUGAAGCAGAAAAAGCGGGAGAAAGAGGGGCUCCUUCCCGCCAAACCCUCGUCCUCCGGUGACCUGCCGGACAGCGGCCAGGACAGAACGGACGACGCUGCGUCAGACAAAUCUCUGUCCGCGCCGUCCACACCGUCCCCCACGUCCUCCACGAGCUCCACCGCUGGACCUGACCCCUACUCCUCAAACUAA